CAACAAUUUUCCUUGACGCCGCGGAAAAAUCAGGGAAAAAGCAUGGUAAACUACCAUCUCGUCGAUCAAGCAGCAGUAGGCGGCAAAAAUAUCGUCUUGAAAAAACUUCGCAACAACUUGGGACGCGACGAAUUGGGCGAAGAAAUCAUUCAGCAUCGCGAAAAGCUUGGAGAACUCAUUAUCGAAGGCGAUCAUGUGGAUAUCGUCGAUUUUGAGCAUUCACAGUUUUACGGUCCCAUCAAGAUGUUCAUCAACUUACAACCCGUCACUGUGCAAAACAGCGAAUUGCGUGUCGGAGACUUGCUUGGAGUUGGAAAUGCCGUAAAUGUCGAGGAAUAUCGCCAAAUGGGCGGCGAAGCUUACAACAAAACUCGAUUAUUCAAAUUGGAGGAAUAUCAACCCGAAGAUGGGGGAUGCAUUUCUUCUGACGAAGAAAAUGAAGAUAUUUUUCAAGCUGACACAGAUUCGUGUCCGAGUGCCUGUGACGAGGCGAGAAUUAACGAUCUCGAUGAAAUUGACAAUUUAGAUUUAAAUGCAGAUCGCAAGACACCCGAAAAAGUUCAAGUUACCUCAAAUUUACCAAAUGUUGAAAAUGACUCUGAUGCGUCAAAUUCUGGAUCUGAAACCAUCGAAAUUGACGAUGAUGAUGACUUUUGUGCGUCUCCCGAACAAAUUGACGCCGAAUAUAAAGGAGAUCCGUACAACAGUGAUUCGUUGGAUGAAAUUCUGCCGGAUUCCUUUCGACGACAAGGAGAAAUUCCGGAAGAAAAUGUGAUUGAUCUCAUUAGUGACGAAGAAAUUUUCAAUGAAGAAGGUCCUGAAUCGGGUAUCGGGGAGUCAAGUUCUGAUCCGCGAUCUGGUUCGAGAUCCCCCGAAGGCGAAGAUUUACUUACCAUCCAAAGUGACAUGCAAAAUCCGCAAUUUUGUAGAGUAGAUUUGGCUGAAUACGGUAUUGGGUCGUGUUUGACGCCGCCUUCUUCGCGUGAUGGAUCCAUGAGUCACGACGAAGUGCCUGAAAAACAAGAAAUUCCAAAGAAGAAACAAAAACGCAGCAAGUUAAAGAGACCUUCGCGAGACUCGAACAGCGCAGAUGACUCCAAUGACGAAGAUAAAAGUGAUAAAAAUUCGAGAAAACGUCCUAAAUUCAAAAAACACGAAGAAACUGCUGGAUUGACAUCAUCUUCAGACGAACAAAAGACUUCCGAUAAAGAACCCGUCGAACAACCAAACGCUUCGCCUCGCAUCGAUCCAUACCGUUACUCGGCAGCUCAUCAAAUUGCCCGCAAAGCUUUGUACACGGAACCAAGUGAAAGUCCCUACAGAAGCUACAAAGGAUACAAAGCGCCUCCAAUUAUCCCAAAGCCGCAGAAAAAACCGCCGCCAAGUAUUAAACAAAUGGAACAAAGUACCAAAGGUCGCUUUGGGCCACAGAAAUGCACGAAAACUGUGGCUCAAAUGCGCGAAGAACGUGCCAAAAUUCAAUCGAUGCUUCAAGAAAAAGCUGCAUCGACAUCGACAACGCCAAAAGUGAAAAUUAGCGAAACUUCACGGAAUGAUCGCAUAUUGCAAGAAAUGUUGAAUACUCCGUCGACUUCGAAGCAACAACCAAAGGAGCCGCAACCAGGUCCAAGUCGAUUGUAACUUCUCUCGAAUGUUUGCCAUUCCAUGUGCCUUCCUGACUUAUGUUAAUUAAAUAAGACUUUUUUGUACUUUUUUCAUACGAAAAAUAAAUAAGUUUUGAUAA